UAGCUGAGCUUGAUUUGAGCGUGAGUUUUAUGUAUAUUUAUUAUACGCGGAAAAUCAAAUUGACGUCACAAGUUGUCGUCAUAGAGCCGAGCUUGACUGAACAGAUGACUUUCGUACACUCGGUCACCGAACGGUCGCAACCGAGUGUUCCGAAAUGUGAGAAACAAAAACCUGUUGCCACCGUCCUGUGACCGAGUGUACACACACGGAAGUAAAAACUUGGUCUGAUUCGUCGUCGAUCGGUACUACUCGGAGCUGAGAGGCCCACUUAACCAGUGACGGUUGAGUCGUACUCGGCGGGAACCCGCAUCGUCCAUCUCUAGAGGCAGCUACACCGUGCGACGAGGCCGCCACAUAACCUCAAUGUCGAGUUUGACAGUUCUCUCCGGCGCAACACGAUGCAUAUCCGGCGAUUCGGCGCGAAGUAAGCCGAAAUAAUGGCGGACGAUAACGGCGCGACGGCCAGGCCGGAGACCGAGCGUAACCGAGAGGUUAACAACGAGGACAAGGAGGUGGACAUCAGCCGUUACUUCAACGACGCGCCGCUGACGAUCUUCGACGAGAUCGUCGCGCCCAAGAAACCGGACUACUUCAACGUGCAGUCGGCCUCGGUGAGCCGCGUUUCGGACUACACCUUGCCCGAUAGCGCGUCGAACCUCCCUUUCUUCAACUCGGACGGCCUGCGGACGUCCGCCGCCUCCUCGUUGCUGGAGCCGGCCGAGCGAGCCGCCGAGCAUGGCGCGCCGAACGACACGCACCGCGACGCCUGGAUACCCUCGGAGCAGACGCGGAGGAUCCUGCGGUCGGUCGCGACCACGGCCGCCGGCGGCAACCACCCGGACCGCGAGAAUCUCACGAUGCCGGGGCUGGCGGUACACGGCGACAUGCCGGACCCCAUCAAGAACGCGUCGAUCCACUUGCUGGGCGAGGACGAGAACAUCCACAGGAACGUGCUCACCGCGUCCGACGUGACGCAGGACGAGCGAGGCCUGAGGAACCUGAUCCAAGCCGGCUGCUACCGCGCGGCCGUCAACCUCUCCGGCAGGUUACUCGCCAUCUACGCUCAGGGUUACGGGAAGAUCAACCAACCCAGCAAGCACACUCCUCACUCCCUGCAGCUGUGGUACACGAGACUGUCGCUGUUGGCGAAGCUCAGGCAGCUGGAGGUGCUGGAGAACGAGUCGCGGCCGUUCGGCAGCCUCGACAAGCCCGACAUGUACUUCAGAUUCUACCCGGAGCUGUACGGCACGAGGUCGGGCUCGAUGGCCUCGUUCGCCUUCCGGCUGCUGCUGGCGGAGAUCCCGUCCUACUGCGGCAAGCCGAAGCAGGCGUUGGACAACCUGCACAGACUCCUCGCGACCGUGAAUCGGAUCGUGGCGAACCUCCGAGUCGGCCUGCACGGCGAAGGGACGCGCGCGACCACGAAGACCGGCGAGCAGCGAGACGCCGUGCGGCUGUGGACCGCGAGGAAGUCCCGCGUCCUCGUCUCCGUCGUCAACUGCGCGGUAGGCAUGAAGAGCUACGUCCUCGCGAUCGAGAUCCUGGAGGAGCUGUGCAGGUUACCGGAGUGGAGCGCGGAGCAGCUGGGGAUCCUCCGCUCGGCCAUAGGGAGGGUCCACCUCUUCCUCGGGGACGUCUCCGCGGCGGAGAGGUACCUGGUUCGGAAGGAGGAGCGGACGUCGAGCGUGCGGGAGCUGGUGGACAGCGGACUGAUGGCGGUCGCGCAGAACGCCUUCCAGGAGGCCUACAACUGCUUCCAGUCCGCCUCGGCGAUGGAUCCGUCCAACGUGAUGCUGAUCAACAAUAUGGCGGUGUGCCUGCUCUACACCGGCCAGCUGAAGGCCGCCGUCCGGCUGUACGAGAGCCUCGUCGGCAGGAACCCCCUCAAGAGCCUGCAGGAGCCGAUCCUGUUGAACAUGUGCACCUCGUACGAGCUGCACACCACCCACUGCAAGCAGACCAAGCUGCACCUGCUGCGCCAGCUGAACAGAUACAAGGGCGACGCCGCGGACAUUCAGUGUCUGAAACUAGCGAUGUGAUGUUAGCACGAUUAUUGUUACAAUGUUGACGCGUUUCACGACCACCGGGGGCCACGCGGGAUCUCCGUUACUCCUAAUAAUGUAAUAAGUUGUAGGCGAAUUCGCGAAUCGUCCGCCCGCACCGCUCGAUCCAGGCCGGAUUUAUUUAUUGCUUGUCUCUCUUUCCGUCACUUUCGACCGCGCACGGGCUCGAGUUGCGAAGCGUUCAGCCUCAGGGAAGGUGUUGUAAUCUCGUUGUGAUAUAUAUAUUGAGAGAGAAUAAAAAAGUAUAUAAUGUUCAGUUA